AUGCCUGGUCGAAUAUUUUUUGCAGGUGAUUCAAACAUUUGGCUUCAAGUGUGCUUUAAUGAAACAAAAUACAUUUUUGGAAUUGCUCUGCAAGGUAUUGGUUAUGCAUGGAAUGAUAGAAUUGAAACCUUCAAAUUAAAAUAUGGAUAUAAACAUGAUUCUGUCAUAUAUGGUUACAAAAUAAAUAAUGUUAAACAUGUAUUCACAGGGAGCAGCAACAGAUACAAAACACAAGUAGCUAUUCUUCCAACUAUGUUAAAAGCAAACUGCAUUAGAUUGCAUGAAAUGAAUUGUAAUAAUAAAGUUAAAAAAAAUGGUAUUGUGGAGGAUCAGGGAUGUGGUGGAAGAUUAGAAAUUAUGGGAUGUAAUGGAGAUAAACUUCCUGGUGUUGUGAUUAGCAGAUUAAACAACAGUUUACAAUGUGCAGCAUUUGGUACACAUCCGAAAAUACAAUGGAGUUUGAAUGACAAAGUAAUUACAAAUGAUGAAAAUUGUACAAUCACUGAGAUUGGGAAUCAAAACGCAACUACAUUAUAUAAAUCAUUACUCACCUUCAGGAGUAAUAUUGACAUUUUUUUGUUGAGAUUUGGUAAAUGUGAUAAUCAAGGGAAUGGAACAUUGAAGUGUACUAAAAAAUACAUGUGUGCAUAUCAGUACAUGUUUCAACAUUAUUUUAUCCCUGCUAAAAAAUCCUCAUUUGUUCUCUCUAAGAUUUACGAAGCACCGUCACAACCAAGAGAACUGAAAGCAAUUGUUAUGUCACCCAGUCAUGUAAAAUUGAUUUGGAAACAACCACUUCAUAUCAAUGGUAUUUUAAAACAUUAUCUGGCAAGUAUUAUUUCAUGUUUUUACUUUGGAUAA